AUGGUUUCUACAGUAAAAAGAACAGUAAGAAUCAAAACCAAGCAAUCUGUGCUACCAGAUGUUCCACCCCCAGUGGAAAAUUUUCCUAUGCGUCAAUGGAGCAUCGAGAUAGUGCUUUUGGAUGAUAAAGGAAACGAAGUUCCAGCAACAAUAUUCGAUAAGGUAGUGUACCAUUUGCACCCUACUUUUGCCAACCCACACAGAACAUUUACUGAACCGCCGUUCAAAAUUGAAGAACAAGGAUGGGGUGGCUUUGAGCUACUGAUCAGUGCACAUCUUUUAGAGAAGGGUGGUGAAAAAAAAUUAAGCCAUGAUCUUCAUUUCAUGAAAGAUGCUUAUGAGAUUGACCAUGUCAUCCAGGUUCCUAUUAACAAGCCUCUUUUAAAGGCUGAACUAGAGAAGAGUGGGGCAGUCGAUGAUGCAGUCACUCCUUCUACUCCCAGUUCAACCGUUGCUUCCGCAGCAACACCAGGUGAUAAAAGAAAAGCACCAAGUACAAACGGAGAUUCUAAAGCAAAGAAGGCAAAGUCAGUUUCAGCCUCUACUAUUAAGGGCUCCGUGAAUUUGGAGAAGUUAGCAUUUGGUUUGACUAAACUUAAUGAGGACACAUUAGUUGGCGUUGUACAAAUGAUAACUGAUAAUAGAACACCUGAAAUGAAUAUCACAAACAAUGUAGAAGAAGGCGAAUUUGUCAUUGAUCUCUAUAGUCUCCCUGAGAGUUUACUAAAGAGUUUAUGGGAGUAUGUAAAGAAAAACACUGAAUGA